AUGUUUGACUUGACUCAUGAGACAGAUAAGUUGUUAGCUCUGUAUCGUUUCAGUUCCACGAACGCGAAAUGGUUGGAGGUUCAGACCAGCGGCAAUGUGCCACCAGCCCUUGUAAAUAUGUCUUUGGUGGUUGUCAACGAGUUUGCCUACCAUUUCGGAGGGGCAAGCAAGUCUGACUAUCUCACGAGCAACUUGAUGUACAAGCUGAAUCUGAAAACGUUUGAGUGGGCCCGUAUAAGCUCCACCGAGAAUGUACCACUCCAUCGUCAUGGACAUGGCAUGGUUGCGGUUGGCACUCUGAUAUACGUCUUCGGAGGAGCAAAGUACAUCUACCUGCAAGACCUAUACACCUUCAACAUCGUCAACAAUCAGUGGACUGUACUCAACUCAACCGGAGGAAUGCCUUCAUCACGCGCUUUCUUUGGAAUGGCAGCAAUAUCAAACAUAAUAUACGUUUUCGGAGGAGAAGGGACGAUGCCAGUUGACAGCAGUGGGCAAACGAAGAAUGACAUGUACGCCUUCGACACGUCGUCACAGUCGUGGGCCGACAUCAGUCAAACAGGCUAUCGCCCCCAGUCACGUUACGGACAAGCUAUGGCAGCAGUAGGAACCGACAUUUACCUCUACGGAGGAUCCACCGGUGAAGACACUAACCUUUACAUGUUGGACGUCGCAAGCUACCGCUGGAGCAUCGUUGCUGCUGCUGGAGCUCAGCCUUCAGCUCGUUACAAGGUGGGGAUGGCAGCCAUAGGCAAUGACUUGUUUUUGUUCGGAGGCUACACAAAGAAAAACUCUGGUGAGGCGAACUGA